CGCUGUGGGCUGUGUGCGGCGACGAGAGGAGCGGCGGCAGUGGCUGUUGGCCCAGGAGUGAUCGCUCUGUUGCUGCGUGUGUGGCCCCGGGUUCACGGCUGUGGUUUGCGGCCCUCAGAGUCCCAACUCCCCGACUGUGCCGUUCGUCGACGUUGGUCUCUUUUUUUGUUUGCUGUCCGUCUGCCGGAGAGAGGGAUCUCCACCCAAGAAGGCCGAGAUGCCGCGGAUUAUGAUCAAGGGAGGAGUGUGGAGGAACACGGAGGAUGAGAUUCUUAAAGCAGCUGUUAUGAAAUAUGGCAAAAACCAAUGGUCUCGAAUUGCAUCUUUGCUGCACAGGAAGUCUGCCAAACAGUGCAAAGCCAGAUGGUAUGAGUGGCUGGAUCCAAGCAUCAAAAAGACUGAAUGGUCAAGGGAAGAAGAAGAGAAGUUGCUGCACUUAGCAAAGCUGAUGCCAACCCAAUGGAGGACCAUAGCUCCAAUUAUUGGAAGAACAGCUGCCCAAUGCUUGGAACAUUAUGAGUACCUCCUAGACAAAGCUGCCCAGAGAGAUCAUGAAGAAGAAACUGCUGAUGAUCCUAGAAAACUUAAACCUGGUGAGAUCGAUCCAAAUCCAGAAACGAAACCAGCCAGGCCUGAUCCAGUUGAUAUGGAUGAAGAUGAACUUGAGAUGCUCUCAGAGGCUAGAGCUCGUUUGGCGAAUACCCAGGGCAAAAAAGCCAAGAGGAAAGCACGAGAGAAGCAACUUGAAGAAGCCAGACGACUUGCAGCACUGCAGAAGCGCAGGGAGCUGCGAGCUGCUGGUAUAGAGAUACAGAAGAAAAGAAAGAAGAAAAGAGGAGUUGAUUAUAAUGCUGAAAUUCCAUUUGAGAAGAAGCCUGCUCCAGGUUUUUAUGAUACAUCCGAGGAGAAUUAUCAAGCACUUGAACCAGAUUUCAAGAGACUUCGGCAGCAGCAUCUGGACGGAGAGUUGAGAUCUGAAAAGGAAGAAGCAGAACAAAAGAAAGAUAAGCAGCGCCUAAAAAAGAAGAAGGAAUCUGAUUUGCCAUCUGCCAUAUUACAAAUCAGCGGUGUGUCUGAAUUUACCAAGAAGCGGAGUAAACUGGUUCUUCCAGCACCACAGAUCUCAGAUGCUGAACUGGAAGAAGUAGUCAAAAUUGGCCAGGCAAGUGAGAUUGCCUGUCAGACAGUUGAAGAAUCUGGAAUGCCAAACUCUGCUUCUAAUGCUCUGCUCUCUGAAUACAACAUUGCGAACAACGGACUGAGUUUACGAACAGCACGUACUCCAGCAGCCCAGGACCGGAUUCUCCAGGAAGCUCAGAAUUUGAUGGCACUGACGAACGUUGAUACGCCUCUGAAAGGUGGAUUGAACACCCCGCUCCAUGAAAGUGAUUUCUCUGGAGUAACUCCGCAGCGUCACGUAGUUCAAACACCAAACACAGUUCUCGCCACACCUUUUAGGACCCCAACACAUAGCAAUGAAACAAUGACUCCACGUGGUGGACUGACUCCGAAACCAACUGUUACAACAACCCCAGGACGGACUCCUUUAAGAGACAAACUGAACAUCAAUCCAGGGGAGGAAUUGGUGGACUACAAUGAUCCUUCGAACACCAAGCAAUUGGAAAGGGAGCAUCGUGAACAGCUGCGAAUGGGUCUGCUGAAUCUUCCCACUCCAAAGAAUGACUUUGAAAUUGUACUGCCGGAGAAUGCCGAGCGAGAGCUUGAGGAACAGGAGACAGAAGAUAAUUUUGUAGAAGAUGCUGCCGAUGUGGAAUCUCGUAAACAAGCAAUGAGGGACGCUGAACGUGAGAGGGAAUUAAAAAAGAGGCACCAAGUGGUACAGCGAGACUUGCCACGACCUUCGGAUGUAAAUGAAACUAUUUUGCGACCACUGAAUGUUGAACCACCUUUGACUGAGAUGCAGAAAGCAGAAGAGAUGGUGAAGAAAGAGAUGAUCAUAAUGCUUCACCAUGAUGCACUUCAUCAUCCAUAUGUAGACCCUUUUGGCAAAAGAGGAAAAGGAGCAGGAUCAAGCUCGAACAAUGCUGAGCAUAUCAGUUUCCUGGAUCAGAAUAUAUAUGAAAAAAUUAGUAAGGAAGAUAUGAAGAAGGCAAGUGAACUUUUGACACAGGAGAUGGAGGUUGUAAAGCAUGGUAUGAGUCACGGAGACCUUCCUAUUGAUGCAUAUAACCAGGUGUGGGAAGAAUGUUACAGCCAGGUGCUAUAUCUUCCUGGACAGAAUAGAUACACCCGUGCCAACCUGUCUAGUAAGAAGGACCGAAUUGAAUCACUGGAAAAGAAACUGGAGACUAAUCGAGGUCACAUGACCACAGAAGCAAAACAAGCAGCAAAGAUGGAAAAAAAACUUAAGAUCCUGCUUGGUGGCUACCAAUCGCGUGCUACGGGGCUGAUCAAACAAUUGAGUGAUCUGUGGGAUCAGAUUGAGCAGGCACACCUAGAGCUAUGUACUUUUGAGGAACUGAAGAAACAUGAAGAUAUUGCUAUUCCAAGACGCCAAGAGUCAUUGAGAGAAGAUGUCGCAAGGCAGCAAGAGAGAGAAAAGGAACUCCAGCAAAGAUAUGCAGAUCUGCUUCUGGAGAAAGAAGGACUUCUGGCAGCCAAGUAUUGAAAUGUAAUUCAGCCUUCUACUGUGACUGCAUGCGUUUUACGUGGCUCUGUACAGUGAACUCCAUUUAAGAAUGAUAUGUUUUAAUAAUGGCUAUAAAGAAGGAAACUACUGCAAUAUCAUCCGAAUCAAAUUGUGCUUCGCUUUGUGCUGUAGUGUAUACAGAUCCUUUGUAUAUUCCUCAUGGAGUACAUAAGUAAUAUAUGGAGUAAUGUUUGUUUUGUCAGUUGUGCAAGACAAGAAUGUUAAGCUGAUCUUAAUACGUCAUGCUCCCUGCAGUAAGAUAAAUAUUUUCUGUCCAUUUCUGCUUACUGUAUGUUAACAAACUUAUAAAAAAGGGUGAUUUGUACUGUGGUUCUAAUAAAAUGGAAAAUUUGUUUA